GCCUCUGGGGCGGCCGCGCCGGUGUUGACGGAAGUCAAGAUGGCGGCGGCCGCCUCCGACCUGCUGACGGGAUGGUGCCUGUUCGGCCUGGCGCUGCUGGCCAUUCUGGUGUUCUGCUGGGUCUAUGUGCGCAAGUAUCAGAGCCGGCGUGAGAGCGAAGUGAUCUCCACCAUCACUGCCAUCUUUGCCUUGGCUGUUGCUCUCAUCUCCUCGGCACUGCUGCCAGUGGACAUCUUCUUGGUUUCAUACAUGAAGAAUCCAAAUGGGACGUUUAAGGCCUGGGCUGAUGCUAAUGUUUCCAGACAAAUUGAAGACACUGUGCUUUAUGGAUACUACACUUUGUACUCCAUCAUACUGUUCUGUGUCUUUCUGUGGAUUCCCUUUGUCUACUUCUACUAUGAGGAGAAGGAAGAAGAUGGUGGCAACACAUGCUCACAGGUUAAGACUGCACUGAAGUACACUCUGGGCUUCAUCACAGUCUGUGCAGUGCUUCUCUUAAUCGGGGCUUUUGUUCCUUUGGAUAUUCCCAACAAGAAGAAUUCCACAGAGUGGGAGAAAGUGAAGCUGCUGUUUGAAGAAUUUGGAAGCAGUCAUGGCUUGACUGCCCUUUCCUUUUCCAUUAGCUCACUGACUGUGAUUGGAAUGUUGGCAGCAAUCACUUACACAGCUUAUGGGAUGUCAGCUUUGCCCCUCAACCUGAUCAAGGGAACCACCAGUGCCGCUUAUGAACGUUUAGAGAACACUGAAGAUAUCGAGGAAGUGGAGCAGCACUUAGUGAGGAUUAAAUCCAAGUGCAGAGAUGGUCGCCCUCUGUCAUCGAGGGACAGGCGCAGUGUCCACCAGCUGGAAGAGAGGCUAAGGACCUUGAGAAGGAGAGAGAGGCACCUGGAGUCUAUUGAGACAAGCUGGUGGACAAAGUUCUGUGAAGCCAUUCGCCCUCUGAAGAUUGUGUGGGGAGUGUUCUUCAUCAUCGUGGCACUGCUCUUCACUGUCUCUCUGUUCCUCUCAAAUUUGGACAAGGCUCUGCAUUCAGCUGGCUUCAACUCAGGAUUUAUAAUACUAGGAACUAACCUGACCAACCCACUGAACAUGCUGUUACCUGUCCUACAAAGAGUUUUCCCACUUGAUUAUAUUCUCAUUACAACGAUUGUGAUGUACUUCAUCUUCACCUCCAUGGCUGGCAUUCGCAACAUGGGGAUAUGGUUCUUCUGGAUCAGGCUGUAUAAAAUCAGAAGAGGGAAAACUCGACCUCAAGCACUCCUGUUUCUCUGCAUGAUACUUCUGCUGAUAGUUCUUCACACCAGCUACAUGAUCUACAGCCUUGCUCCUCAGUAUGUCAUGUAUGGAAGCCAAAAAUACCUGGUGCAGAGUAAUAAGACACUUGAUGGCCAGCCAGGGAAUGUGACUUUUGUAUCUAAAGACUGUGAUGCAGAUGCACCUGAAGAGCAGUGCAUCGUCACCAGGACCUACCUCUUCCUUCAUAAAUUCUGGUUCUUCAGUGCUGCCUACUACUUUGGGAACUGGGCAUUCAUUGCAGUCUUUCUCAUUGGGUUGAUUGUUUCAUGCUGCAAAGGCAAGAAAUCAGUCAUUGAAGGCGAAGUGGAUGAAGAUGAUUCAGACCUGAGUGAUGAUGAACUCUCUUCUUACUACCACUGACAGCUUUUUUUUGUGUGUCUCCAAACCAAUUUGAAGUUACAGUGAAAGUCUUAGCCAUGUGGAAUUGGUGUCCCAGUAAGCAUCCUUGCACCUAUACAAAGAGAGGGAAUAAAUGUGCUCACUUACAGGGGCGGUGAACCCCAGAAGAUCACUUCUUUUGUCUCACUGGUUAUCACAGCAAAUAGUGAAGCUGGCUUGGAAUAACAGAUAUGAACCCUUGGUUUCUGAUUCACUGUCUGUGUAACUUGCUGCUGCCUGAUUCGAGCUGUUGUAACUAUUUCAUCGUUCCUCACUUUGGUUAACUUCAGUUUUCCUCAGCACUUCCAUGCCUACCUUGUGGGACUUCUUUUCUGGAAGCUGAUAGAUAAAACUAACUAAAAGACUGCAGCUGAAGUAUUCUGUCCUGUAGGACUUCUUCUCUGGAAGCUGAUAGAUAAAAAACUAACUAAAAGACUGCAGCUGAAGUAUUCUGUCCUGUAGGACUUCUUCUCUGGAAGCUGAUAGAUAAAAAACUAACUAAAAGACUGCAGCUGAAGUAUUCUGUUCUGUAGGACUUCUUCUCUGGAAGCUGAUAGAUAAAACUAGCUAAAAGACUGCAGAAGAGCUGCUGCUGGGAAGAUGUGGAUGAGGUGUUCACUUCCAGAGGGAUGUGGCUUCACUUUGCCAUUAGUUUUGGUGGCACUUUUGGUUGUCUCUCCUUUAAAAUAGGCCCCAGAAAAACAUCCACUGGAGUGGUGAUGCUCCCAGACUGAACAAGAAAUUGUUUCCAUCCUCUGCUCCCCACUGAGUUAAUUACCAGAGGAAUCCUCAGGUGGUUUUUUACCCUAGCAAGGUACCCAGGACAAUAUUCAGCAUGGCUGCAGUGCUUUAGUCCAGUUGUGAAGCUGCCUGGUGCCUGCCCUGGUAAAUAAUAACCAAGGGAAUAAUGAGGAGGUGAUUAAGUUGUAACUUAUUUUCCCCCUUGAAUGCAAAUGGUCUAACCUGAAGCUCUCUUGCAGUAUUUCAUGUGGCUGGUGUCAACUUGUUUACAAGUCAACAUGUUUCUAUAAACACAGCUCAUAAAUGUC